CCAUGUGAUUAGGGGAGGGCGAGUCUAAGCACACAGGACAGCCCUGAGUAAGGAGCUAGAGCUCUCACUACUCAAUCUCAGCUGGGGAAGAAGAAAGAGGAGCCGGAAAAUCACAGGAGACAGAUAAUCAAGAUGGAUGAUCCUACGGACAGCACACCUGAUAAUUCUAACAGCAUCAGAAAUCUAUCAAGGAAUCAGAUAUUGACACUUCUUUCUACUGCUUCACUUAACUUUAGUUCUAUGAUCUGUUACUCCAUUUUGGGACCUUUUUUUCCUCAAGAGGCUGUGAAGAAAGGGCUUAGUAACACAGUGAUCGGCUUAAUAUUUGGAUGUUUUGCUUUGUUUAAUUUUUUAAGCUCCUUAAUAUUUGGGAGAUAUCUUGUACAGAUCGGAGCAAAAUUUAUGUUUGUGUCAGGUUUGGUUGCAUCUGGAGUUGCUACAGUACUUUUUGGGUUGCUUGACAGAAUUUAUGAUGGAACAAUAUUCGCGGCUAUGUGCUUUCUGGUCAGAGCAGUGGAUGCUGUGGGUUUUGGUGCUUCAAUAACGGCUUCUUUUUCUAUUUUGGCAAAAGCAUUCCCCAACAAUAUAGCUACUGCAAUGGGAUUUCUUGAAAUUUUUACUGGGCUUGGACUUAUCUUAGGCCCUCCAAUAGGAGGACUUCUAUACCAGACAUUUGGAUAUGAAGUCCCCUUUAUUGCCAUUGGCUGUAUUGUAUUUGCAAUGGUGCCAUUAAAUAUUUUCAUCUUGCCAAAAUAUGAUUCUGUACCAAGUAAAAGCUCUUUCUGGGCUUUGGUGAAACUACCCAAAAUGAUGGUAAUGUGUUUUACCAUCUUUUCAUUGAGCUCAUGCCUAUCAUUUUUGGACCCAACCAUGUCAUUGUUUGUAAUUGAAACAUUUCAUUUGAAAGUUGGAUAUGUUGGGCUGGUUUUUCUUGGGCUUGCCUUGUCGUAUUCACUUAGCUCACCACUGCUUGGAAUGAUUAGUGACAAGUUACCAGAAGCGAGGAAAUGGCUUAUUAUUGCUGGCAGUCUUGGUACUGCAGCAUGCUUUUUCAUGUUAGGGCCUGCCCCUAUAUUUCACAUUGAAAGUAAACUUUGGCUGUUUAUUUUCGUACUUGUGUUGGAUGGAUUUUGUAUUGGCCUGUCUCUCAUACCAGUGUAUCCAGAGAUGCUCAGCUCUGCAUAUGAGCAUGGCUUUGAGGAAGGGCUUAGUACAUUGGGCCUCAUAUCUGGGCUGUUCGGUGCUAUGUGGUCUGCAGGAUCAUUUAUUGGCCCGACCCUUGGUGGGUUUCUGAAUGAAAAGUUUAACUUUAAAUGGGCAGCUGCCAUGCAAGGCCUUUUACCAUUAGUGGCGUUUAUUUUGAGUGUUGCAUUUUACACCUGGGAAAUUCAUAAAAGAAAAAGAAGGCCACAGUCUGAAAAUGUUAGUACAGCUCAAGAAAGAGAACCUAUUUUGCAAGAGGAUUGAUGAAGACUAAUAAAAGUUGUCUUUUCCACUAUUUAAAGCACUUUUGCAAAGGAAAGUGGAGGCAUUGCCCACAAAUGCCAGUGUUUACAUUUUAGCCUGAAUGUUAGAAAAUUAAAAUAGGUGGUUGUUAUGGGUAAUGCCACUAUUUUUUCUACACACAUUAACUCAGUUGUUUUAUUUUGCGAAAUAGCAUGUGUUUAUAGAGUUAUAUAAUGUUUAUAUAGUUAUUGUACAGGUUUAUUAAGCUAGAUUGAAGUCUGAAUGCUUUUUUAUUUUUAUUUGUAUGUGUAUUGCAGUCUGCCAGUCAGUCAGUUAUUGUAGAGAACACAUAAUUUGCAAAGUACUUUGAAGUACAUUUUGGUAACAACUAAAGAUGACAUUUUAAUUAUUAUAGUAAUACAGGUAGUUGCUAACAUGUUGAGUCACUUCCAAGCUUUUUAUAUCAUUUUAUGACAGCAGGAUCUUUGCCUCAUGUUUACAAAGUGCCAUAGCUAUUAAAGGACAAUUUAAGUUC